AUGGAGACAAUAGAGUACUCCAGCUCUGAUGAAGAGGACUCAUAUGGAUAUAGUCAAGACUCGUACUACAAUGAGACUAGAUUUGUUGAGUCAUGGCAUGAUGAUGGCUACUCAUCAGGCUCGGAUUUUGAGGAAGAACCAUAUGGUGGAGCACCUGAACCAGAGCCACCAGAUCGUUAUAGUAGCAGCUACACCACACCGAGUUAUCCGAAACCAAAGAUCAGAAUGUGGGAGAACCUAAAGUGGAUUAUGUACGAAAAGUAUUGCCCACAAUGUCUGAAUCAAGGGAGGAAAACAACUUUCCCUCCAAAGCAAGCCAUCCAAGGAGACAAGAUGCCUAAAACAACCUUAAAUCUGACUGAAAAAUCAUGGUGCAAAGGACAAGGACACAUAGCAAAGGAUUGUCCCACCAAAAAAAGUUCACCAAGACAAGAACCAACUCUUUGUCUUCAUCCACAAGUACUCCAAAAACAAGUGGACGUUUCCACUCUUCAACAUGAUCAGGUUCAAACUGAAGCUUGUCAAAUUGAUUAUAAUGUUCCUAUGACUCUUUUAAUGCACUUGUCUAGUGCCAAAAGCAUUGAGAAAGUUUCAGGUACAAAAGAGAUCAUUAAGGAUCAAGGAAAAGUUUCAACAAUGGAGAAAGUGUUCACGAAAGAAACUCAAAACCAAGGAGAACUGACAUUGAAAAAAGUUGUUGUCAACAAAGAUGAGAGUGUCAAAGACAUUAUACCGAUCAAAGAAGAACCACCGAAUGCUCAACAAUUUCUCCAAACUCAAUGUAAGCUUCUAAACCCUUAUACACUUCAAUGGAGUAACUUGACUUAUCUAUGUGUAGGUAAACAAGUUUUGAGGACAAAACCUCUUGAAGAAGGAGGGGAUAAUGUAAGAAUGGGAGCUGACGUACCGGCUGAUGCACUUGUUGACAGAUUGCUUGUUAGACUUCUUGAUGGACUUUCUGACGGACUACCUGAAGUACUUCAUGUAUCAAAUCAGCUUGUGCGAACUAAGGAAAGCUAUCCUUUCCUUCCCUUUUGUGCGUCCCAGAGCCACAUAUGGAAGCCUGGAGAUCCUCUACGCCACCCAGAACCAUUCACACUUAAUCCUUGGUGCAUCUUUCCUUAUGUGAACCCGCUGAGCGAAGACUUUCCUUUUCCGGAUCUAAAUGAGAUCAAAUCACAACGACUCUAUUUUGAUCAUCUUUUGGGAAUUAAGAAGCCUCCUACAAUGACUCUAGAUGUCCCAAAAUCACAUCACUUCCAGCCCAAGUUGUCAAGACUCAAGACACAUCACAAGUUUCCUUAUUUGGCCGAUUUCGUCACUAAAGUUCCAACGGCCAUAUUUUCAUUUAUUGUUGCGAUUUCUUUACUUCUUUAG